AAACACAUCUACAUAUGUGUUUGCUAUUAGGAUUUAGUUUAUUCACUGGUCAUGCCUGAAGAGUGAUGUUCGUCUCUAGACGGCUAACUGCCAGGAAAUAUAAAUGAUUGUCCUAGAAGUCAAGCCUCUCUCCUAUUUACUGGAGUGAAAAUCACCUCCAGAUAUCGACGGGAUAUCAACUACAGAAAAUGCUUCACGUUAUAAGGAUGCCAACCACCUAGAUUCAUGCGCCCUAUCUGUACAGUUGUUGUGGAUGGUUUGCCAUCAGAAAGCUCCUCAAGCUCUUAUCCAGGCCCUGUAUCUGUUUCUGAAAUGUCUCUGCUACAUGCUUUGGGUCCAGUGCAGACCUGGCUGGGACAAGAGCUAGAGAAGUGUGGCAUUGAUGCCAUGAUUUAUACUCGGUAUGUCCUCAGUCUUCUGCUGCAUGAUAGCUAUGACUACGACCUGCAGGAACAGGAGAAUGACAUCUUCCUGGGCUGGGAAAAAGGAGCUUACAAAAAAUGGGGAAAGAGUAAGAAAAAGUGUUCUGAUCUAACACUAGAGGAAAUGAAAAAACAGGCUGCUGUCCAGUGUCUUCGCUCUGCUUCUGAUGAAAGCUCUGGGAUUGAAACUUUAGUGGAGGAGCUUUGCUCCAAACUGAAAGACCUUCAGAGUAAGCAAGAGGAGAAGAUUCACAAAAAGUUAGAAGGCUCAUUGUCUCCUGAGGCUGAUUUAUCUCCCACAGCAAAGGAUCAAGUAGAAAUGUACUAUGAAGCAUUUCCUCCUCUUUCUGAAAAGCCAGUUUGCCUGCAGGAAAUUAUGACCGUAUGGAAUAAAUCCAAAGUAUGCUCUUACUCUAGCUCCUCAUCUUCAUCCACUGCUCCACCAACUAGCACAGAUACAUCUUCUCCAAAGGACUGCAAUAGUGAAAGUGAAGUAACUAAAGACAGAAGUAAUAAAGUACCUGCCGCUGUACACGAAAGAACCCAGCAGAAGAAAAGUAAAAAUGAGAAAGAAAACAAGUUUAGUAACAACGCUGUUGAAGAUAAGCCUGUUUUGUAUAAAAAACAAGUCCGACAUAAGUCUGAGGGAAAGAUGCGUCCUCGCUCCUGGUCAUCUGGAUCCAGUGAGGCUGGCUCAAGUUCUAGUGGUAAUCAAGGUGAAUACAAGGCAUCGGUGAAAUGCAUUAAAGUAAGACACAAAACAAGAGAGGUGCGAAAUAAAAAAGGGCGUAAUGGGCAAAGCAGGCUUGCAGUGAAAUCUGGUGAAAAGGCCGAUAGGAAAGUCCACAGUGGAAGCAGUAGCAGCAGCAGCAGCGGGUCCAUCAAACAGCUGUGCAAAAGAGGUAAAAGGCCAUUAAAAGAAAUUGGAAGAAAAGAAGCUGGCGGUAAUGAUGGAAAAGAUUUGUACAUAGACAGCAGAAAUGAAAAGGAAUAUAAAGAAGAACCCUUGUGGUAUACUGAGCCCAUUACAGAGUACUUUGUUCCUCUUAGCAGAAAAAGCAAGCUGGAGACUACGUACCGCAACAGAGAAGAUAUAUGUGGCAUAACAUCAGAGGCUGUAGAAGAGUUGUCUGAAUCAGUGCAUGGUCUUUGUAUUAGCAACAAUAAUGUUCAUAAAACAUACCUCGCAGCAGGUACUUUCAUCGAUGGUCACUUUGUAGAAAUGCCUGCAGUUCUAAAUGAGGAUAUUGACCUCGCUGGGACCUCAGUUUGUUCUCAACCAGAGGACGACAAAUAUUUAGAUGAUGUUCAUCUGUCAGAACUAACACACUUCUAUGAAGUGGAUAUUGAUCAAUCCAUGUUGGAUCCUGGUGCCUCAGAUGCGAUGCAAGGGGAGAGUCGGAUUUUAAAUAUGAUUCGACAGAAGAGUAAAGAAAAAAAUGAUUUUGAGGCAGAAUGUUGCAUAGUGUUAGAUGGAAUGGAGUUGCAAGGGGAAAGUGCAAUAUGGACAGAUUCAACCAGCUCUGUUGGUGCUGAAGGGUGGUUCUUGCAAGACCUUAGUAAUUUAGCUCAAUUUUGGGAGUGCUGUUCAUCUUCUAGUUCUGGCGAUGCAGAUGGAGAAAGUUUUGGAGGAGAUUCUCCUAUCAGAUUCUCCCCCAUCUUAGACAGCACAAUGCUUAAUUCACAUAUGCUUGCUGGCAAUCAAGAGCUCUUUUCAGAUAUUAAUGAAGGGUCUGGUAUAAACUCUUGUUUUUCAGUGUUUGAAGUGCAAUGCAGUAACUCUGUUUUACCGUUUUCUUUUGAAACACUCAACUUGGGAAAUGAAAAUGCAGAUUCUAGUAGCACUGCUAAUAUUCUUGGGAAAACACAGUCUAGGUUGCUAAUAUGGACCAAAAAUAGUGCCUUCGAUGAAAAUGAACACUGUUCCAAUCUUUCAACAAGAACUUGUAGUCCAUGGUCACACUCAGAAGAAACACGUUCAGACAAUGAGACUUUAAAUAUUCCAUAUGAAGAAUCCACGCAAUUUAAUGCAGAAGAUAUUAAUUAUGUAGUUCCUAGAGUGUCUUCAGGUUAUGUAGAUGAAGAAAUUCUAGACUUUUUGCCAGAAGAAACCUGCCAGCAACAAGCUAGAACUUUAGGAGAAAUGCCCGCUUUGAUUUUCAAAAAAAAAUCUAAGCUAGAAUCUGUCUGUGGUAUUCAGCUAGAACAAAAAGCAGAAAGUAAAGACUUUGAAACUACACAGGGGUGUAGUGCAAGCAGUCCACAUGGAGAUGGCUACAGCUCAGGGGUUAUUAAAGAUAUUUGGACAAAUAUGACAGACAGAAAUUCUGCAGCAAUGUUAGAAAUAGAAGGAAUAGAAGAUGAAUUGUUUUCACCUGAUGUAAAUAACUAUUGCUGCUGUUUGGAUACAGAAGCAAAAGUUGAAACCCUCCAGGAGCCCAAUAAAGCAGUGCAGAGAUCAGAGUAUCACCUUUGGGAAGGUCAAAAAGAGAAUUUAGAGAAGAGAGCGUUUGUCUCAAAUGAUUUAUCAAAAGUAGAUGGUGGUGACUACACUACACCAUCAAAACCUUGGGAUGUUAACCAAGAUAAAGAAAACUCAUUUAUACUUGGUGGUGUGUAUGGGGAGCUGAAAACAUUUAACAGUGAUGGAGAAUGGGCAGUGGUGCCACCUAGUCACUCAAAAGGGAGCUUAUUGCAAUGUGCAGCUUCUGAUGUAGUGACAAUUGCUGGUACAGAUGUUUUUAUGACUCCAGGUAAUAGCUUUGCCCCUGGUCAUAGGCAGUUAUGGAGGCCAUUUGUGUCAUUUGAACAGAGCGAUCAAUCAAAGAGUGGAGAUAAUGGAUUAAAUAAGGGUUUUUCUUUUAUCUUCCAUGAAGACUUACUGGGAGCUUGUGGUAACUUUCAAGUUGAAGAACCAGGGCUUGAAUACUCAUUCUCUUCCUUUGACCUGAACAAUCCAUUUUCUCAAGUUCUUCAUGUAGAGUGCUCAUUUGAGCCAGAAGGAAUUGCAUCUUUCAGCCCUAGCUUUAAACCUAAGUCAAUUUUGUGCUCUGAUUCAGACAGUGAGGUUUUACAUCCCAGGAUAUGUGGUGUUGAUCGAACGCAAUACAGGGCUAUAAGGAUUUCUCCAAGGACUCACUUUCGCCCAAUUUCUGCAUCUGAACUUUCUCCAGGUGGUGGAAGUGAGUCGGAAUUUGAGUCAGAAAAAGAUGAGGGAAGUAUUGCUGUCCCUUCUCAAGUAGAUGUGUUUGAGGAUCCACAAGCAGAUCUCAAACCUCUGGAAGAAGAUGCAGAAAAAGAAGGGCAUUAUUAUGGAAAAUCAGAGCUCGAAUCUGGAAAAUUUCUUCCCAGAUUAAAAAAGUCUGGAAUGGAGAAGAGUGCACAAACAUCACUUGAUUCCCAAGAAGAGUCUGCUGGGAUGUUACCAGUAGGAAACCAAGAUCCAUGUUUAGAAUGCAGUAUGAAAGAAUCCCUAGAUGGGAGGGUAAUGGAGAGCUCUAAAGUAAACUGCAGAAUAGUGGAGCCGCGAGAGGAGACUAGCAGGUUUUGCAGUUGUAAAGCAGGAUGCCAUUUCCCCACUUAUGAAGAUAAUCCUGUUUCUUCAGGAGAGCUUGAAGAGCUUUCUGUAUUGAAUACUGAUCUGCAGAGAAUGAGUGGCAGCCAGGAAAAGCGGUGCUGGUGGGAAAAGGCGCUCUAUUCUCCCCUUUUUCCUGUGUCACAGUGUGAAGGUAAGAAACCGUGCAUGCCUGAACUAACUCACUGUUGCACCUGUGCUAGAAUUAAGUGGUCUUUGUUGUGGAUUUGAAUUGUUCCAGAUGAGUUAGUACUACCACUUGUAUGUAAACAGAAACAAACACAAAAAAAGGAAGUGCAUUUUUAUAAUAAAUUAUCUGAGGGAGAGCUGGGAUUCCUGAGUUUGAUCUGCAGUUAAACCUCCAGCAUGCUUCUAACUAGUUCUUAAGUGAAAGAGCUUUCAAAAUAGUAUUUUGUGACUCACUUAAUUCCAGAAUUUGACUUUACGCAGAAUGUGUUAACCUCUGACUCUGAAAAUACUUCAUGACAUUUUUUGAAUGUUUCAAUGUGUACAACGUGUAGGCAACUAAUUUUCACCGGAAUGUAAAAGCAUAACUGCCUUUUAUAGGUUUGCAUAAACAACGUGCUAGUUAUUUGGUGAAUGUGAGGAAUUUCUCUCAAGCUGGGAAGCAGAGGGAUCUGCCUCCUGGCAACCAUUCACAGUGACAGUCUGGGAGUUUUUUGGUCCCACGCUGAGCAUUAAGCCCAGCUUUGGUGGCAAGCAGCUCACUGGCGAAAGCAGGUGUGUUUCCAGCUCUCUCUGUUGCCUCCCAAGUAUUUGCAACAUCUGACAGCUGGCCAAAGGCCAGGAAUUCUGUCAACAGAAUCCAGAGCUUUUUUGUUUGUUCUGGAUUUUGCUACAUGCCAGUUUAUCUUUUCUGGGAAGAAGGCUAAAUAAUACUAGAAGUCUAAAUAAUAACACUAAACUGAUGGAUCUCUGAUGCUUGCAGAGCUCAGUGCAAGGAAUUUUUUACCAGAGAUCUUGUUCUUUAAUAGUCUGGAAUUACAGUGGCCAGUAAUUAUUACUGAAUUAUUUUUAGAGUGCACCUUAAAGUACAGCCAACUAAACCAUGUUUAGGUUACCUUCAGAAACUUCUUUGCUUAAUGAGCUCCCAGCUGUAGAGAUGUGUUUGUGCUGUGAAAGGGUUCAUGCCUACAGGGUUUGCCUCCUGGGCUUAUACUGGAAAAAUACUUGGUAUUUAGAAAGUGAAGUUAUUUACUGUCCUCUUGUCAAGUUUUUUUUUUUUUUUCAUGAUGGUAAUUGCAGAGAUACUAUCUGUCUAAUAGCAAAUGCAGUAACUCAGAACUGUGAAUAUGAAUUUUAUGCAGAGUAAUCCUCUAAUUCCUGUGAAUGAAUUGUGUCGUCUUACUGCUGACAUCUGCUGGUGAACUCAUAAAUUGUCUCAGUGUUUCACUGCCUUAUUUCAUCAGAGGAAAGCAGUGUUUAAAU